AUGAUUGCCCGCAUCGACACCAACACCACCCUGCUUGACCAGCUCCUGGCUCUGGGCCUCAAGAUCGACCUCGACUCAUGCGACGUCGCUUUUGCCAGGACCCUGCCGUUCCGCCCCGCAGACAUGACUUCGAACCAAGCCAUCAUCGCCGAGGCCAUCCUCGACCCCACCAAUAAGGAGACUGUGGAGGCCAUCGUGCGGAGCUUGCCCGGCAUGGAGCCGUUUGAUGUCUUUACAAUCCUCCAUGCCAAAUUUGCCAAGGAGAUCCUGCCACACAUCACCGGCCGCGUCCUGGCCCAAACGACCCCGAGCAAGCCGCACGACCGGGAGGCUAUCAUUGCACACGCGCGGGCGUAUGCCAAGGCCUACAACGCCGAGGGUAUUUCCAAUGACCGGUUCUGUAUCAAGAUCCCGACAACCACGUCAGGCGUGCAAGCUGCCGUCGUAUUGCAGUCUGAGGGUAUCCAGACGCUGGGCACAGCGCUGUUCAAUGUCGCACAGGCACACGCCGCUGCGCAGGCCGGCAUGUACGCUAUCAGUCCUUACUUUAACGAGGUAAAGGCGCACGACGCGGCAGAGCGAUGGCCCGACGUCGCAGACCCAGGCCUCGAGCACCCAAUGGCCCACCGUAUGGGCGCCAUUCGCGAUGCGUACGACGCUCUCCGCGCCCAAGACAAGUAUACGCCGCAGAUCAAGGGCGCGUCGUACAUCUCCGUCUUGGAGGUGCUGGCGCAGCCCGAGCUAGGAUGCGAGCACGUCACGCUGCACCCUGGUCCCAUCGAGGACCUCCUCUGGGCGACUGGGCAGCCAGCAUUUGCGGGAGGCAAGUGGAAGCAGCGUCUCGCAGAGUACACGCCUGAGUGCACUCCGUGGACCGCACCCAGUGGGCCCGACAUGGUGAAGCGGGACACCCAGCGCGCCGCCCACGACCCGCUCGGAAACGCACCCACUUCGCCAGGUGUGCACUACCUCGCUGAUGGUGUCCUGGAUGCGGCCAACGACGCUGACCCCGCCACCAAGCAGCGGUUUGAGGACGCCAUGGCGUGUUUCGUCCGUGCCGAGGACAAUGUGUUGGAGUUCAUCGCCGACAUCCAACGCUCGUAG